UUCAUUUUGUUUGAGGUUAUGUUUUGAAACCUUUAGUGGGUGCAUGGUAUUUGUUUAAAAGACGUCUAAAAUAGAAAUUAGAACUGACAUGAAGAAAGGUAAGAAAAAUUUUGGUAGGAAAAAUAAAAAUGGAAACAAAAAUAUUACAAGGAAAAAGCAAAAGAGAGCAUUUCCUGAAAAAGAUAUCCAAAACAAAAAGGCUAUCUUUAAUCGGUAUAAAAACAAACAAAAAGUAGAAGAAGAACUUGCCAAGAAAAAAAUUAUGGAAAAGAAGUUCCUAGAAGAGCCGGUCAACUAUUCAGAAAGUGAAGAAGAAGAUACAUAUGGCCAAUUAAUAUCAUGUUUUACUAAGUCAGUGACCAAAAAAGUGGAGAGUGAAGAAGACAGUGAUAAUGAACACGAAUUAUCUGACAAUGAUUCGGUAAAUAGUGAAGAAAACAUGGGCCAGCCUAAAGAAACCACAGUUGAAAACAUGGAUGAAGACGAAGAUGAAAAUGAGGUAAUACUUGAAGAUGAUAUAGAAACUGAACCAGAUGUGCCAGAUGAUCCAUUUACAAAACAUUUACAAUUUGAUCUCGGAGAUGAGCUACUUGUUGCUUUGUCUACCACUCCACCAACAGUGGACAAAACUGUGAAAACUUGGCCCGUACUUGGAAACCUAAAUAUUAUUAUCCCAAAACCUGUCAUCACAGUCUCACAGAAGAAAAUGCCUAAAAUUUCUAUUGCAGAAAAUAAAACUUUUGCAGCUUGUGGGACAGUUCCUCGAACAAUUUGCAAUGUGGAUUAUAAAACACUUCAUCUUAAAACACAAAUACACAGUAAUAUAGUUUCAUCAAACAAGAAAAAUCUUGUCAAAAAUGAUUUAGAUCUUCAUGAAGUGUUUACACCUUUACAAAAAGAAUUGCUUGCUGUAAUAAAUAAUUACCAAGAUCUUUAUUAUCCACAUAGAAAUUUUAUUAAUGCUGAUGAAAUUAGGUAUACUUACUGUCUUCAUGUGGUAAAUCAUAUGUUAAAAACUAGGACAAAAAUUUUACAUCAUAAUGCUAAAAUAUCAAAAAAGUCAGACCUCACAGAAGAAUAUCGUGAUCAAGGACUGGUGAGACCAAAGGUUUUGAUAAUGGUACCUUUCAAGGAUGCAGCCUAUAGGGUGGUUAAAACUAUAAUAGAUAUUUUAGUACCUAAGGAAGCUGGGCAAGUUGUAAAUAAAAAUAGAUUUGAAGAGGACUUUACUGGUGGUGAACUAAUUAUGCCCAAAAAGAAUCCUAAACCUGAGGAUUAUGAAUUACUUUUCAGUGGCAAUACAGAAGACACAUUUCGUCUUGGAAUGGCUUUGACAAAAAAAACUCUCAAGCUUUAUACAGAUUUUUAUUCUUCCGAUAUUAUAGUAGCCUCGCCAUUGGGUUUGCGAAUGCUUGUUGGAGCGGAGGGUGAAGAAGAAAGAGACUUCGAUUUUUUAGCUUCAAUUGAAGUGCUAAUAAUGGACCAAACUGAUGUUUUUCUGAUGCAAAAUUGGGAUCACUUGUUACAUGUCCUUGAUCACUUCCAUUUACAGCCCAAAAAAACCCAUGGAACUGACUUUUCUAGAGUACGAAUGUGGUCUGUGAAUGGUUGGUCGAAAUAUUAUAGGCAAACAUUAGUCUUCUCGUCAGUUUCACUUCCAGAAAUAAAGUCUAUAAUAAAUCGGAAAUGUCAAAAUUAUGCUGGUAAAGUGAUUGUUACUAAUCCUGUUGAAAAUGGGUCUAUUCAGCAAGUAAUUUUACAAAUACCUCAGAUAUUUCACAGAUUUAAAGCCGAUAAUCCCUUGGCGUCUGCCGACGCGAGGUUCGAGUACUUCGUCAAAGAGAUCCUGCCGAAGCAUAGGGAUACUCUAAUGAGUCAUACACUCAUCUAUGUGCCAAGCUAUUUUGAUUACGUCCGAAUCAGAAACUAUUUCAAGAAGGAAGAUAUCGGUUUUGUUCAAAUUUGUGAAUAUUCUAAGGAUUCAAAAAUAGCACGUGCAAGAGAUAUGUUUUUCCACACGGAAGCACACUUUUUGUUGUAUUCAGAGAGAGUUCAUUUCUUUAGAAGAUUCCGGAUGAAAGGAAUAAGACACAUAAUAUUUUAUCAACCCCCUACUUAUCCACAUUUUUAUUCAGAGAUGUGCAAUCUCAUGCAGGAGUCGAAUCAGAACAAGUACGGCGGCAGCGAGUGCAACAUGUCGGUGACGGCGCUGUACUGCCGCUACGACGGCGAGCGCGCGGCGGCGCUGCUGGGCGCGCCGCGCCUGGGCGCCGCGCUCGCCGCCGACCGCGCGCUGCACGUCUACAUGACCGGCGACUGACGCACGAAUAUACUUCUAAAUCCA